UUGUCUCCUGCAAAGUACUAACUACUAGCACCACUACCUUGCGAACUACCUCAGAGCAAGCAACCAUCGCGUCUCGCCUUGUUCAAUUCCACUUUCUCCUGCAGGAUCGAGCUAGAUCGAUCGCUUCACGGCCGUCCCGUCCGUCAAUUGAGCGCCCGCCUGAAACCUCACUUCCCGUGCCCCUCAUCGAGUCAUCCAUCGCCAGGUGAUCACAACCACAACCACCACAACCAAGCAACAUGGCCUCCUACUUGACCGCCACUGAGGCGCUGUCUCAGCAGCAAUUCGCCCAGAACGCAGACCUUCCUGCGUCCCAGGCCACAUGGGCGAACAAAUACCGUGGAGCGACUAUCGAGGACUUGGACCCCCCUCCGGCGCUGUCCGUCUCCCCGAGCGAUCUUAUCUCCACCGCCAUGCUCGCCGCUUACGAACGUGAUUACACACACCUGACCGUCACCUCUUCCUCGAAACGAUCCCUUCUCGGAUACCUGAGCAUCCCGCGGCUAAAGGAGCUGCUCAAGGAAGGCGCCGUGAAGGAGAGCGACUCGGUGGCCGUCGCCAUGCAGCGCUUCAACCGGAAGCGGGGCACUUACCAGGUCAUCACGAUGGAGACGCCCCUCGAGGAACUGGAGCGUUUCUUCGAGAGCGAAACGGGUCCCAACGGGGAGCAGCGCCCCAAGCAGACUUUCGCCGUCGUCACGGAUGCGUCUCGGAAAUUCGUGCUGGGCGUGGCGACCAAGGCGGAUUUGGAGGAGUUUGUCAAGCGUAGACCGGCGUAGUGGGCUGCUGGUGGAUCGGGUCUCCUUUGCUUCUUUUUGUGUCUUUGCAUCUUUAUGGAAUCCUGCCUGUGCAUUUUUCUAGGCGCAGCUAUUGAACAUGAACUGAAUAUUAUUAUUCCCCUUGAAGGUCUUUGAAUCGGAG